GCGUCCCAGCCCCCUGGUCGGCUGUUCCGAGCUCCUCUAUCCCGCCUGCUUUAAAUUUGUAUUCUGCGGUCGGCGAGCAAGAAAUAAUGGAGACUCAUUUGCUUGAGCGGUUUAAUCUCCACCUUCACGAUCCCUCCGACGCCCAGGCCCGGCUUCGAGCCCUAACCUCCGCCAAAGCCCUACUCGCUAACCCUAAUUCAUCCGACUCUACUCGCCGCGCCGUUGUCGAUGGUCUCACCCGCUUGCUUUGCAGUGGCAACGCCGAUUUCACUUUCCUGCGCUACAUCAUCAAGCUAAUAGGCGACGUUGCGGCUCUCGACGGAGUCUUCGCACCCUCUAUCAUUGAAGUCCUUCGGCCUCUCCUUGUAGGAGAGGAAAAGCUCGUGGCGGACGCGCUUUCGGCGCUUGCUUCCGUGGAUGGCUUUUUACUGGAGGAGGGUCUAGUGCUUUCGCUUGCUUCGAGCCCUCAUGUGUCUGUCAGAUCGAUGCUUGUUAAAUUGCUUGUUUCGAGUUUGGAUUGGGAUAAGAGAAGUAUUGUGGUUAUGAAACCGCAUUUCAUGAUUCGAGUGCUGCUAGGGCUCGCAGAGGAUCUCUAUCCACUGAUAAGGGCAAAAGCAGUUGAUAGCCUUGCUUUAGUAUGCCGGAUAAAUGAGUCUGUGGUUGGUUUUCAGACUGUUAAAUGCUUCAAUGAUUGUGCUACAUCAUUUCUACACAAUGACGAGGAAUUAAUAAGAUUGUCUGCUAUUAGAUUGAUUAGUGCAUGCGGUCAAUUUUUAGCGAACAAUAAAGGGGAUACACGUUAUUGCGAGCUGACGGAUGCAAUCUUUGCUCAGCUUUGUGUAAUGGCAAGAGAUAUGAGUAUGAAGGUGAGGGUCGAAGCUUUUUCUGCUCUUGGAAAACUACAGGGCGUCUCAGAACACAUGCUAUUACAAUCCUUGUCUAAGAAAAUCUUGGGAACCCAGAAUAUUGAAAAUACUUUUGUUGAACAUACCCUAAGAAAUUCUAAAUUUCCUUUCUCUUCCUCAGCAGGAGCUUUUGUACAUGGCAUUGAGGAUGAGUUCCAUGAGGUACGGAUGGUUGCUUGCAAAUCACUUGGGACCCUCUGCAUUCUUUCCAUCCAGUUUUCUGCUGCUGCAUUGGAUUUAGUAAUGGACAUGCUAAAUGAUCAUGAAAUAGCUGUUCAACUGCAGACUUUGGAAACAUUGUAUCAAAUGGCCGCAAAUGAUCGUUUGAUUAUUCAGGAGAAACAUAUGCAUAUGUUUCUUGGUUUGUUAAAUGAUGUCAAUGCCAUAAUCAGAUUUGCCACAAGAAAACUUCUGCUGUUAGUGGAGUUUCCUAAAUUUGAGAUAUUUAAAGCAGCAAUAAACUCUAUUCUCACAAACUUGGAGAGACAUCCGGAGGAAGAGGAAGAUGUUUUCUUUAUUUUGUUCUGUAUUGGCAUAAGUAAUGCAAAAUUAGCAUUGAAGCUAGCAAAGGAGUUCGUAUCAUUGGUUCAACCAUUCAGUGCGGGAGAACUGAUCUUGGAUACUCCAUGGGCGGCUGGACAUUUGGUGCUUAUUGUCUCAUCAACUUUUUCCAGUAAACAGAAAAUUUCUGAUAUUCCAACUGUUCUGUUUUCUUAUGCAGUUCCUUUAGUGGGAAGAAUCUCCCGGUCAUUGGGAGGUUUUGUUAGCCAAUACUUUCUUUCGGACUAUCUUUGUCAUCUUAGUGGAGUUCAUUUUUCAUUUGGAAUACCCAUGUUUGAAGAGACUAAAUUAACUGCAAUGAAACUUGAGGAAACUCUUGCAAAUUCUUUGAAGUGUGGAGACAAGCUAUGCAACUCAUUGUUGCUUCUUCAUGAUGAAAAUUUGAAGAGUAAGUGCAAGGAGGAUAAGUUCGACAGCUGUCAAGUAUCAGCUUCGUCUGAACUAUUUCUCCAGAGAAAAGGAGUAAUUGAUGAUAGAUCGACUCAGAGUGUUAAGUUUAUUUUGGGAAAAGUGCAAGAAACUUGGCAUCUUAUUCAUUCUCAUUGUGGUCUUGUAGCACUAAGGAUCCUCAGGGCUUGCAAGGACGAAUUGGAUUUUAUUAAUUUGGAUAUCAAUGGAUCUGGAGCAGACUUUGUUGAAUUUGGACUGGAGUAUGUACAGGUUAUCAUGCUGUUUGCUGAAAUCUGGCAGCAAAUUUAUGCAAAGAAUUUCCGAGUGACUGCAAUGGCGGCACUGGAUAUUGUGAUAGAAAAGCUUGAUGUAUCUCUUAGACGACUUAAAUAUUGUUUCUUGGGUUUAUCAAUAGAGGAAGAAUGCCAUCUUUUAGAGCUGAUCUUGCUUAGUCAUGUUCUUCGACUGCACAAGUUUCAAAUCUAUUCGCAUGACAUAUUGAUGAAAAUGGAUUCCACAAUAUCUCGUUUACAAAUCCUUUGCAAAGAAGGAUCAAAUAUAUCUGCUUUUAUUAAAGAAGUAAAGAUGUAUUCUACUGAAGAGGGCACAAAUGAAUGCUCUCGAGAAUUUCCUGUUGACAAGUUGCUUCAACUCUUCUACCUAAGACUGAUACCAUUCUGUGGGAAGUUUAGGCACAUCAAAGCUGAUUUGACCGCCAUUGGUAAUAGCUCUGAGAAUCCUCUUCACUAUGUUUCUGGGCUUCCCGUUGGCAUCACAUUUGAAAUUUCUCUAUACAAUACCUCACAAACGGAGAGAGUGUGGCUCAAAUUGGCUAUUGAUGGUUCGUUUCAGUACAUAUUUUUAGAUCUUUGUAAAUUUAGAGAAUGUCAUGAAGUGAGAAAAGGCACUUUGACCAUUCCGUAUUAUACAGCCCCAAGAGCAGCAUCAUUUGUAUUAAAGGCUUGUAUAUGUAUAGAGUUUCCUGUUGGAGAUUUCUUACAUCUGAAGAGAAAAGUUGGAGGACCAAAACAUGAUAGCAUUCGAAUUUCUCAGGAAGUUGAUCUGUACUUUGUAGGGAUUAGGAGCUGUUGAUGUGUAAAAGCAGUUUUGCAUGAAUUCAUACCAUGAUAUGUGUUACGAACUAGAAGCCACCCUUGCAUUGAGUUGGUGGAAGGAACUAAUCUAGCUGUUCCGGGUAAAAAGGCAAUAACCUUAAAAUCAAGGCACAGCUUAUCUGAAGCCAGUCAGUUUUAGUCUUUGUUUGGGAUGACUUUUUAACUGCUUCUUAAAGCAGCUUUCGAGUACAAAAAUUUUAACUUUUGUCUAGAAAACUGUUUUAAGAAGCGGUAAGAAAGCCAUCCCAAACGAAGCCUUAGAGUGAUAAAUUAGACUUGACGAGGUGCAUUUACAACUUAAAUAUUUUUCUUUUCAUGAUGAUCUGGUAAAUUGACGUCAACAAAUGAAGGAUAAAUUUCCAAUGGCUGCAUGGCUCGUUGUUAUACAUGAGCUUUAAUUGGUUAUAUUUGAGGCUGAAAAGUUAGAUUUUCAUUGAUGCCCAAUGGUUGAUUGUUGCCAAGAUCUGCUAUAUUCUUCAUAAAUGAUGGGAAUUUAUCACUGCAGUUAUGAUUACUAAAAAUCUGUAUAGUUACAAGCGAUCGGAAUGCAAUUCAUUUUGCAGACUUCUUUUGGAACCAUGCAUUUUGUUUUUUCUUUAUCCUUGCAGCUCCAUUUUGGCUGGUUGGUUAUUCUAAAUGUUUUGCAUGAUUGCAUGCACGCAUGAAAACUUUUCUGAACUCGCCAUUCAGCUCUCUGUUCUAUUGCUGGCAUAUAUAUGCAAAGAGAUGAAAUUGGAAUUUCUGAUAGAAGGAACUUGUGUGGAUGUUUAUUUGGGAUGCAGAUGUGAAAUAAAAAAUGUCAAGAACAAUUUCAGGAGAGAUGUAACAUUGCUUUGGUAUCUAUGUAGAGUGGAUUCGUGAAUCUUUACAGAUGUCCGAAUUUUGAUGCUUAAGAUGUUGCUACUAGUAGACUGUUGAGCUGACGGGCACUGGUUUUGGAAUGACUACAACGGAGAUGAGAAAGCUAUUGGAUAUGUUCCCGAACUUCAAUCCUCUCAAAUUUGUAACUGGUAUUUUCUUUCUUUUAAAGUAGAGAUCUAAUCUCACGGAGAGUUUCUAGCCAACUUGAAAUUUUUGUUAGCCUUUUUGAAGAAGCAUUGUAGCAUUGCAAGGCGCGCGUGUAACUAUAAACCAAUAUUAUUAUCAUUUGAGCAGAAAGUUGAUAUCGGCAAUUUUGUCGCCAAGGAUGCUGAGCUGCUAACUUGUCCGCACAUGAUAUCUAUUUUAUUUUUUUCAUUUUUUAUUUCAA